UCCCAGACUCAGGGAGCAAGCAGAUGGGGAACUGGUGCUGUUGUCGUCAUGAAAGUCCCUGCAGCAGUUUGGAGGAAAGAAGUGGUUUGCUGACCGAUGAUAUGAAGGCCACUGAGUGCACAGGCAGUAAAGCUGUGGUUGGCAGUUGCGGUCCUGAAGGAGAUGAUUGCAUGAGGAAUGAAGAGGGGAAGCUGAGUCCUGAGACUGGAGAGCAGGAGCCCAAUAACACUCAGGAAAAUGGACCCUUGAAAAAGGAAGUCAGUCAAACAGAGAUGCCUCCUCCCUUCAAAAUUUCUGAAGAAAACACCACUAGAGUACAAGAUAAAAAGGAAACUCCUGCUCACAGUGGACAGCUUGCAAUGCAGUGCGCUUCAGGCUUUCUGCAGGAAGAGCGCACCAAUGUGGAUUGGGAGGCAAAAGAAGAAAACCCAGCCUCAACGCAGGACAGAAUCCCAGAGGGCACCUCUCUGACACAUGAGGCGGUCUGCCCUGAUAACCCUCCGCACACUGAGACAAACAAAACAUCUGAGCAAAUUGCAGAGAGCACUACUCAUCAUGACGAAGAAGAGAAAGUGACUGUUGAAGCUGUGGCUAAUAAUAAUAAUCAACAAGUGUUAUCUGUGCCAAACACGCAGCUCGAUGCAGCAGCCCCAGCAGCUCAGGUGUCGUCUACAUCUGUGGUCAAUCAGGAGCCUGAACCUGAGCCUCUGACAUGUGACGCGACAGAGCAUCCAGACAAUAGCGGGGAGGCCGGUCCUGAAGACUCACAAAGCCAUGAUAUCUCCCAGUUGUCUUCUGGAUUGGAGCCCUCAGGUCUCAACCACAGCGGUGAGGAACGGGACUCCGCCAGCUCAGUGAGGGAGCCAAAAACCACAACUCCAGCAGACGCCAGUGAGAGCUUGGGGCCAGAUCAGGAUAAAAAGCCAGAUCCCGAGAGUGCUGCUACAAGCUCAGAGAUAGUCACUUCCUUGGAGAAAACCAAACAGGAUGCUGGGGAAAUGAUGCUGCCAAUGCAGGGUAAAGAUGAAGAUGUCCCCAAGGCGAAUGGGGACAAUGGAGGGAUGAAGGAGGAGAAAGUGGAGGCAGAGAGCGCACCCACCGAGGGCGAGACUCAGGCGAGGAAAAAUGCUGAAGCAGAGGAGGUGACGGGAAAUAAGGAGCUGCCGGCAGAGAGCAAAGUGAAGAAUGUUAAGCUUGAGACCACGGAGAAGGAAGACAGCCUGGGGAACAGUGAAGAAGACCUGUACAGAGGCGAAGAGGAGCUCUCUGCCUCACAAAAUGAUAAACCUGGACCACCGCCUGAGUUGGAGACUAAAUUUUUAAAGGUGGAGGACAGAUGCAGUUUGUCCCCGGCGGUGAAUAUUCUGUCGUACAGUGAGAGGGAGUGGAAAGGAAAUACUCCUAAAAGUGCUCUCAUUAAAAAGGGUUAUAAGGAGAUGUCCCUGAAGUUUGGCAGUGUGAGAAGAGUGAGGGGGGACAAUUACUGUGCCCUCAGAGCCACGCUGUUCCAGGUGUUGAGCCACAGCACCCAGCUGCCUGCAUGGCUGCAUGAUGAGAAUGUUGUUCUGCUGCCGAAGCAACUGGAGGCUCAGGAAGGGCUGAUAAAUCAGUGGAUGUUUCCUGGAGAGUGCCUGCAUGGAGACAGGACAGGAGAUGCCAUCCAGCAGCUUAAAGGCUACAUGGAGCUUCUCCGUAACACGUGGCAGGCAGCGGUGGACUGUGCCUCUGACGUCGAGCGUCAGCAGCUCUGUGAGCGAGUGUUUCAGGGUGGAGAAGAGGAGCUCGGGUUGCUGGAGGCUCUCAAGCUGCUGAUGCUGAGCAGAGCGGUGGAGCUACACAGCUGCAUGCAGGGCGGUGGAGACGUCCCCCUCUUCUGCUGGCUGCUGUUUGCGCGGGACUCGUCUGACUGUCCGCGCUCCUUCCUCUCCAACCACCUCAGCCACGUGGGUCUCACUGCAGGGUUGGAGCAGGUGGAGAUGUUCCUGCUCGGCUACGCCUUGCAGUGCACCAUUCAAGUUUACAGACUGUACAAGGCAGACACAGAGGAGUUUGUCACCUACUACCCAGACGACCAUAAGGACGACUGGCAGUCUGUGUGCCUCGUCACAGAGGAUGAUCGCCACUACAAUGUGCCAGUUGUAGAAGCUGCAGAAUCAGAAAAGGAGCUCCCCUCCAGCUGAUUGCUGCUGCAGUGAAACCAUCCUGCCAUACAAACACCCCUCAGGUCGAUCAAUAUGAAUAGAUUUACAAAUUAAAGGAAUAGUUUUGGGAAAUGUGCUUAUUGGCUUUUUUGUUUUUUGUUUGUUUUUGUUUUUUUAAGUUAGGGCUUAAAUUAAAUUACAGCCAGCAGUCAGUUUGCUUGGAUUGGCACAAAGAGUGGAGGUAAAGGCAACAGCUGUCUUAGUUUUGUCCUUAUGUAGAAAAAUCCAACCACCAGCACCUCUGCAGCUCACAGAUUAACUUGUUUUUGUAAUCCAAACAGAAAGCAGUGACAUAUUAUGGUUUUCUUCUUCUGUGGACUCCUUUUAAAGAAAGGUGUAGUCUAGAGAGAGGUGCAUCUCUAACUUUUCUCUAUUUUUUCACUAUCUAUUAUCUUUUGUAUCUUUUGUAGUAAUCAAUGAUUUUAUCCUUUUGUUUUAAGACAAGACAGUAACUCAUUAAAUGAGUAACUAUAAAUUUUAAGCUAGGCUUUUGUUAAAGUUUAUAUGUAAAUCCCACAUUGCAGAGACUAAGCUAGCAAAAACACUCAUGCGUGUGAGGAGAGCAAAAUGGGGGGGGGGUGCAAAAACAUACAUAUCAGCUAGAAUAGCAGCAAAUCAGCUCGUCCAGCUGUGCUGAGCAUACAUAUGGUGUGAUGGAUCACGUUUGUCUGUACUGUCGGAUGAAAAAGGGGUCGCAGAUAGGUUGCUUUAAAUUAUGGAGCCACAUGCGCCCACGGUGAUCUCAUCACUGUGCACAGACUCCACCAGAAAUAGCAGUAAAUGCACAUUAAGAGCCUGAUCUCAGUUUUUUUUUUAAUCUCCAUAAUAAAAUGGCUAUUUAAAUAUCAGCAGGGAAAAGAAACUGUCAGAUACAGAUUCUUCUAUUGUUAGCGUCACUCGGUAUAAAUUAAGACACUUCAGGUAUAAACAGCUGUGUUUUUUUUUAAGGUGCUGGUAGGAGGAUUUUGCUACCUUUGGAAUGAGUGGGCAACCUGAAACCUGCAGACCUCCACAAGUGACUCACAUCAACUUUCAUGAAAUGAUCCCCUAUGAUUUUUGGUUAUGGUCUCUAUCAGAGAUAUUCCUGUCUAGUCAUUUAAAUGAGAACACAUGGCCCUUUGCAUCGUGUAUAACGUUGCAAACACACACAGUGUCAGAUUAGUUUGAAGAGUUAACAGUGCUAGCAGCAGCAGCAGCAGCCUUGCUUUCAUCCAUGCCAGCGUCCACACCCCGGUGCAGAAUGUGGUUACACCUGGUUUCAGAUGCUUGGCUCUAUUCUAGUUUAUUCUACAACAGUCAACAUACUGCUGCUCAUUUUUGAUGUAUUGCAGUUAUACUGCAGAACUGCACUGAUUAGCCUGUCUGUCAUCUGUUUACUUAACCCCUUGCUUGUUUACUUAACUUGCCUACACAGAUAGAGAGGCGCAGCAGUCUGUCUGAGCUGCAGCCCUGGAGAGUGGCUGGUUAAAGCAGCACCAGCUGUUGCGUUAAUAAAGUAAAAAUAAUGCAUUUAACCGAAUUUCUUAGGCCGACUAGCAGGGACAGCAACACUUAAACAUCUAGUGGACUAGUUGUGUGCAUCCUUAGGCUCUAUAGCUAACUUCUCCUGUACGUGGGAGAAGGUGUAUGUGUACAUUUAUCAAAACCUGUGCGAUCACAGGUUACCAAGGAGUCCUUUUGUUCUAUUUUAGUGGUAUUUGACAAAUAUUAUGGUCGGCUGUGUAAUUUAAUAAGUUUUAGCUGCAGUUUUAGUGAGUGAAUGUCUGUGCGUCGCACUGAUUAGAGUAUCUCUGCCUAUGCAUUGCACCCAUACAAUCUAUACAUAAGCUUGCGAGCGUUAGCUGAUAGGCUUCCAAAUUAUGGUCACUUGUGGCCCCAAAAAUCAAAGUGGUGAAGACCAUGGAGUUCAAGGUGAUGUCACAGUAGCUGCAUCCAUCUUUUAUAUACAAUCUAUGCUUUGGGCAGAGAAAUGCCAGAUAUCGAACACUUAACAAAUGAGCACAUGUAAGCACACAUCCCAAAAUGUUGACCUAUUUCUUUAAAACAACAAAAAUGCUGAUUCGUGACCAUGUACAAGAUUUGGUUUACACGUUCUUGUACACACUGUACUGUAUGCAGUUUUCUGUUUGGGUAUGUGUACAUAUCAGAUAUCCUGUGAUUAUCUCAGAUAGACUCAGAUUGCUUUGCAGGGUGUCAUUUUUGAAAGGACAAAAAAAAAAAAAAAGCCCAAAUUUUCUCAGAUUUUUUCUGAUGUAAAAUUCAGAUGAAAAACACAGUGGAGGUGCCAACAGUGCCAAAAAGUUUAGAAGGAUGGUGUUUACACUGGAAGUUGGACACUUUGAAUAUUAAUUUAUUGUUUUGUUUUUUUAAUAAGUGCGAUGAUCCUGAAUUCAUUAAGUGAAGCGGCUGAAUUAGUCAAUGAAGGGUUGGAUGAUUUAUCGGGUUUAACACCAGAUGACGAUCGGAAGACUUGGAAGAUUAAUCAGUCUUCGUGUCAGAGGCGUGAUUUGUUACGGUCUGUGCGUGUGUUUGACUGCGUGUGUGUGUGUGUGUGUGUGUGUGUGUGUGUGUGUGUUAAACUCAAUGUGUAACAUGCUGCCUUUAACCAAGCUGUUCUGAAGGGAAGGAACAUGCCAGUGUUGCUGCUAACACUGGCAACAGUCCCAACCACCCAACUGGACUCAGUAGAAAAGGCUCGCUUGGUCCUCCAUGUUGCCUUAGAAAUAAUGCACAGUUUGAAUGAAUGUUGGAUAUUAGUGAUAAGAGGCCAUUUAUAUGCCCUAUUUCCAGAGCAGGUGAAGGUGAUUAAAAAAAAUUUAUGCCAUUUGCAGGAAUGUUCUUGCACUGUUUUGGAUAGCAUUUAAAUAAAAUGAUUUUUUUUGGGGGGGGAAAGUCUCAAUGAUU